CUUGAGACAAAAGUAUAUAUCUAAACAAAGCCGUGAUUUUAUAUUACAUGCAAAUUCUCAGCCUUUAAUAAUCUUUGGUGACAGAAAUAGUUUUCACAGUGACUUGAAAAGAAAGAUUUAGAGACUAAAAUGAAAUGGCAGUCUGUUUCGUUUGUUCAUUCCGUGUUCCAUAUCAAAAAUGUAUGGUUGGUUAUCUAUUCUCCUUUCAGGGAUGUCUUCUCGCAUCGACAAACUGUGGUGAUGUUAUGUGUUUUGGUAUAAAAUACCAGUAUUUGAAAGUGAGUUAUGAGAUCUAAAUGGAAACAAUAUAACUUUUGUCACCGAACUUUCUGUGAUUGUCCCUUAUUAUACUUAGUUUUAUAAAGAAAAAAUAAAAAAGAUAUUGCCCAAAAGAACAAUAUUUGAGAAUCACCGUAUAGUUGCAAUUGUACAACUGUUCUCUACAUUAGAAUCCGCUCGGUUUUCGAACUAGGUCCGUUACCUUUCCCGAAAUGGUUCAAGAACUAAGCCUUGUUUCAGACCCUAUUGUAUUGCAUAUUUGGUCUUGUCUUCACAAUUAUGCCUACAAUGAUGCUCUAUUUGCAGCUGAAAGAUUGUAUGCUGAAACACACAAUAGCGAAAGCCUUUAUAUACUGGCAACCAGUUUGUAUCGAAUUGGCAGGCCGAAACAAGUUAAUAAACUACUCAACUCUGCCAAUUCAUUAUCUCCUAAGAGUCGGUUAGUUUCUUAAAAAUGGAUUUUCAUUUGCUUAUUAGAUACUUGCUCGCAAAAUGCUACUUUGACAUUGGUUCACUUACGGAGGCUGAAGAUGCCAUACUGUUUUCUGGUCUUUCUUCUUCGUCCUUGGACGAGAUAACCAGUACUUAUGAAGAACAAUCUUGCUAUGUUCUGCUACUAUUAGGGGAUAUUUGCAAACACCAAGGAAGACUUAGUGAUGCUAUUAUCUACUACAAAAAAUGUCUCGAAAUGAAUCCACUUAUGUGGUCUGCAUUUAAAAACCUCUGUAAUAUCGGUGAAUAUGUUGAACCUUCCUCCGUUUUUCAGAAUCCUAACGGGCUUAAACUUACGACACCUGUGUAUGCCGUUCUGCUAGACGAUCUACGUGGUAGUCCGCAUGAAAAUGCUUCACGAGAAAAUGUCAACCCUCAAAAUUGUGAGUCUUUUACCACUCAGGCUUUAGUGUCUUCGAAAGAUUGCGAAAGUAGUGAUCAAGAAACAUUUGUUGAUACAGAUUGUCCGUACACCAAUCAACGUCAUUUCGUUUCAUUUUGCUCUAGAAGCUUCAUUGGUGAUUUGGUACCUGCUCUUAAACCUGUAGACGUUCAUACCCCAGACAAAGUUAUUCCUUCUACUUUGUCUCCGAAGGCUCCAAAACCUGUUAACCGUGUUGCACGCAAAGUGGUACAAAAUUUUAAUUCUCAAUCCAUAAAACCAAAUAUACCUCGUUUUGGUUUACUUUCUUUUUUCCCUCAAAGUCCCAUGUUCGCUUGUGUUCCCGUAUUUUCAAAACUUUCUGAGAAUCAAAUUACAUCUCCAGAAUCGAUCCUCUCGAAAGCUGUGCAGUUGCCUUCAAGUCAGUGUUUACCAGAGUUACAGUUUACUCUUAACUCAUUGAAUAAUAGCCAAAAUGAUAUAACCUCUCUCCAAAUCCCUCAUCAGCGAAAUGAUACUUCAUGCAACAACAACACAUCUAUGGGGUCCAAAAAGGACCCUCAUAUUGACGAACCGAAUGCUAAUAGAAAUGCUACAUAUAACGUCAAAAUUAAUACAUCUGUUACCUCUUUAGAGAAAUCUAAUGCUCUCUCCGAUACACCAACCAGUGCUCUUCGUCAUCUUGUCUCCACGGCAGCAUCUAAUCUUGGUUUUUUAACGCUCGAGCCAAAUGUUACUUCGACUACCACCUCUCUUGUCAGCACACCAAGUGCCCGUCUUGAACCACCUCUUCUACGUAGCACUUCUCAACGCAAUUUGUAUCCUACGCCCAGUACCCGCCACAACCGUGAUUCUCUCUCAGUAUUGAGAUCAAAUUUGCAGUUUUUCAAUCCUGCUUCUCAAAGUCCUGGCAUGUUGACUUCUUCUUCAACACCGAGACCACUUUCAAGUCAACAAACAUCUACGGGGUGUCGAGCUAUCGAAAGCACCACUUCUGUGGACAUAUCUACGGGUGGACCUCGAACAAGAUCCCAGGUGGCAGCAGCUGCAGCUGUAGCUAGAGCUUCUGGGAUUCAGAGAAAGUCGAAUAGAUUUUUAAGAAGUCGAGGUCAGAACCGCAAGUUAGAUUCUAAAUUACUACUAUCGGACUCUACAGGAAACUCUGCAAACGUGCAACCUAAAAUAACCAGUUCAGGCGUAUGUCCCGACCCUAGUUCCCUUAAAAAUAUACAUACUUCUAUAAAUGAAGGUGCACCAGAUUUUGGAUGCAGCAAUCAUUAUAAUGCACCCUUGUCAAUCGAUGCUCCACCUAUAACAGAUGAUCCGAGGAUACUCUCACUACAGCAGUAUUUAAACUUGUUAAGUCAGCUUGGUAAAGCUUAUCAAAUGUUGGUGCGACAUCAGUGGCGUUCAGCUACUCGCCUACUUUUAAAACUUCCAAGCUCUCAACUUCAUACUGGUCGUGUUUUGGCGUGGGCAGCUCGCGCUCAUAUGGAUAAUUCAGAUUAUCAAACAGCUCAUAAGUUGUUCAAUGAAGCUCGUCGUAUAGAACCAUGGCAGUUAUCUGGAAUGGACUUCUACUCGACAGUACUAUGGCAAGUCCAAGCUGAUCAGGAAUUAUCACAAUUAGCUCAUGAUUUGUUACAACUUGAUCGUAAUGCUCCUGAACCUUGGUGUGUUGCAGGUAAUUGUCUCUCUUUGCAAGGUGAACAUGAAGCGGCUAUCAAAUUCUUUCGCCGUGCACUUCAGGUUUCACCUACAAGUGCUUAUGCUUGGACACUUUUGGGUCAUGAACAGUCAACUCUAGAAGAGUUUGAUCGAGCACUAGCAGCUUUCCAAUUCGCCUUAAGAAUUGAUCCAAGACAUUAUAAUGCUUUGUUCGGCAUCAGUAAUGUUUAUUACAAACAAGAAAAGUUCGAUCUUGCCGAAAAUUACUUGGUUCGCGCAGUUGCACUUUUCCCUCAGUCACAUUUACUUUUGACUCAUCUUGCAGCCUUACGCAGUCGACUAGGUAGACUUGAUGAUGGGUAUGGGAGCGCAAUGGAUUUGAUUAGUCGUGCUUGUAAAAUUCAACCCAACAAUCCUCUGGCUCGUUACCACAAAGCAUCUAUUUUAUAUCAUCUUGGACGUUAUUCUGUAAGUCUUAGUAAAUAUAGAUAAUGAAUAGGUUGUAUUCCGUGAAGUAGUUGAAUUAAUCUGUUUUCAAGAUUCACUCAUACUGGCUUUGUCAGUAGAUUUCAAACCCAUUUGUCAAAAUGAGUCAGUAAAAAAAUUAAUUUUUAAUCAAUUAAAUAAACACAUUAAGUACUUCGAUAUAAGCCACAAUCUGUGAAGAUGAAGCUUACUUUGUUUUCAUAUAAAAUACCGGUCCUAUCAAAAGUUCCUUGUGCCUGUAUAUUCUUAGUAUCGUUUAAAUACGUGACCAUGAAUUUACUGACUUAUCUGAUUUCUGGUUUUUCUUCUUUGAUUCACCUACGCAUUAUUCUAAGUGAAUACAUUAAUUAGUCAUUUGGGGAAAAAGUUCAUUGGAAAAAUAUCUUCAGGUCUAAAAGCAAUUGUUAGGGUGGUUUUACAUAUGAAAUUCUCAACUUUUUGAUGUUUAUCUUUAAUCAUGGACUGUUAGAUAUUUAUAGUAUAACUUGUCAUGGUGAUUCGAAUAUGUUUCUGAUAUUUUGGUAUUUUAUGGUCCUUUUUUGAUAGUUGAAAUCAUGAGUCGAUUGAAGCUAGACCACCAUAGCCUCUGCCAGGGAAAUCCUACUCACUGCCUUCUCGUGGCGUUACUGUUGUUUACGAAAGUGAGAGGACGAAAAGCGAAUGUCCGGCGCUUUAACCGGGUUGGUGGACACGGAGGGUCCACCUAGGGGAGUUGGAAAACCCUCAUUCCAAAACAAUGGUGCACAUGGGUUCCAGUAUCAUGAGGGAACGAAUGGCGGACGAACCUGUCAUUGGUCAACGGCUACCAUGGGACUGCAUCUUCUCACGAUGCUCCACUGUCUUGUGGAUCAGACCUUUAUAUCAAAGGCUCGGGGUGUGGCCCCCUAAAAAACCACCUGCUUCAGUCUGGGCACCUGGGCAGUAUCACAGCCCUCACACAAAUCGAAUGAGAUUUGUGAGGCACAUAUUUAUCUGGUGCUUCAUUGUUCCAAUAUUUAUGUGUUUAAAUAAAUAAAUGAUAAAUACCAUUGAAAACCUGGAAGCACUGGACAGCCGUUUCGUCCUAUUAUGGGACUCCUCAGCAGUGCGCAUCCACGAUCUCGCACUCGCGAGAUUCAGAUCCAGGACCUACCAGUCUCGCGCCAGAGCACUUAACCGAUAGACCACUAAGCGGGCAUCCAACGGUGUUAAUGUUUAACUUCAAAUGAUCCACGAUUUUGAGCGACCGUUCACCAAUUGUCUUCAGUGAGUUGAUAUCUAUACAACAGACUUGGUUGUACUCCACUGGUCACUGCUUCUCACUAGAACUCCAAAAAAUAUCUCUUGAAGUCAGUUACUAGUGAGCAUAUUAUUACAGAUCAGACUAUUUGACCAGACACUUUGUUUUCUGGUCGCUUUUAGCUAAAACCGAGUGGGUUAUAUUACAUCAAUGAUGUAUAUAUUAGCAACAAUAUAAUCUGUAGUCACUAAAAAUUAAAAUUGUAGAGCUCAACGUAAUGGAAUAACGAUUGUACCUGUUAACGGUAAGCUUCACUCUGAAACUUUUACAUACAUUUAAGUUCCAAAUUCAUCUAUCCAAAUGUUUAUCAUGUUUUCUGCUUUAUACAGUACCAUAUCUCCUACUUCCCUUUUAGUGGUAUGAUGAUUUAAUAUCAAUUAUAUUAAUGGAGAUGGACCCAAAUGAAAAUAAUUUUAGAUUUCAAUAUGUCAUUCCAUUCAUAUCAUGUCUCAUUAAAUGAGGUUUUUUCUAUCUUAAAUUUUAUCUGAUGAAAAUUUUCAAGUACUUUACAUCACUUGUUUUCUUUUUAAUUAGGAAGUAUUAUCGGAGCUUCAAAAACUUUUGGUUUUAACUCCACGUGAGGCCAUGGUUUACUUGAUGAUUGGUCAUACCUACAAAAAACUGGGGAAUACACCACAAGCAAUGAUUCAUUACUCAUGGGCUAUGGAGCUUGAUCCUAAGGGUGCUAACAGUCAUCUGAGAGAUAUAAUGACCAAUCCACCAAUUUCAAGUCGCGGCUUGAAUCGACAAGACACUUCCGAGGGCCAGAACACGGGCAACUCGGCCAGACCACAUUUCAGCUCAUUUCAAAUUGGUGUUUGUGCUAACUUCGAAGAAGAGGAUGGAAAUGAGACCAUUGAUCGGGCUUCAGGAGCAGACGAAGAAAUGGUAAACAGUUUACUUCAUCCAUCACAAAGUGUAACUCGUUCAAACUUAGUUCGCCGACUGACUGAUUUCUCGUUACUGUAUGAAAUGGAAGGAUAUGAACGGGACCCUGUAAUAUCUGAUGCAGAUGAAGAGCACUAUGAUACGAUGGAUUUGAGUGGUGGAGUUGAUAGCAGAACUGAGCGUAGCAUACCAGACGAUUGAAGCAAUUGCAUUCAUCUAUUCUUAUGUGAUAUUGAUAAAACACCACUUUUUAUUUCCAUCCCUUAAUUUUGGUCAGUCUUAUUUACUUUCAUAUAAAACAUAUACAAGUUUCGAUUCAAAGCCAAACGUGUAUAAAGUUUUAUUGCACAUGUGUUGUAUCGAAUUUUCAUAUAAAUAUAUGAUCAUCACAAAACUA